AUGCGACUCUUCUCCCGAGCGUCGUGGCUCACACUCUUCUCCGCACUUGUUGCUGGCGACAAGGACUCGUGUCCAGUCACAAGCCAACACCUCAGCGAUCCUCCAUACGAAAACUACUUCUUCUCAGAUUGCAGCGUCGAUGCACAGGUCGUUGUCACCAGCCCAGUACCAGGCAGCGACGUCUCUAUCACCACCCCACGGCUGAUUGUCGCAUGGCCUGCUGGAAACAGUGGAAUAUGCACCUUCUUCGAACCUCAGAACGGCGAGAAGGGCAGUCUGGCUAUCAAGCUGGUUAACUCUACCCUUGGGACGCCCUUAGCUUCCGUGCAUCAAGAGAACGACAAGUCCGACUACCCCUUUGUGGGUGUUGAAGGCGUCCUGUCGCUCAACUCCUCCGCCAAUCUCACACUGGCUAUUCUCGGGAGCGUCAGGACCAUUCGAGACUAUACGGAAGGGGGUAACCUCAACCCGCUUUUCCAAGACGCCGUCAAAGUCACCAAGGUGAAGGCAAAUGGUGUCCAGUUCUCUCGGCUCUGGCUGGACAACACAACCACCACAACUCUUUCACUUGAGCCUUGGGAGGGCUCGAAGGGCAAGAUCGACAUCCACGACAAGACGGCGAGUUUCGGUCCAGGGCUUUAUAAAUUCUCUGCCUCCUUCAACUAUCCUCAGAUGGAUCAGCUAAGCCCCCAAGAGGUUCUGAACAAGGAGUCUCAAUCUCUGAUUGAGGAAGACCCUUCCCAAGUCCAGUCUUUAUCCUUCUUCUCGUACACUGAGAAGCUGCUUGCGGGUGGCUGGAGGUUCCUGACCUACUUUGGCCGAGACAGCAUGAUUGCAGCUCUUCUUCUGGAACCCGUGUUGAGCACUGGCAACAGUUCUGCCAUGGAGGCCGUCAUUGGAGCUGUAUUGGAACGUAUCAACCGCGAGGACGGCUCAGUUUGCCACGAAGAGAGCAUCGGCGACUAUGCGACGUUUCAGAACCUGCAGAAAGAUGUUGUCUCGACCGAUGCUGUUUUCGACUACCAUAUGGUCGAUACCGAUUACUUCCUGCCUAUUCUAAUGGCGAGGUACUUUAACACCUCGUCGGAUAGAGCCAAGCCGCUGCUAGAUACCAAAGCUGGCAAGGUGAACGCUCAGAAUCGAAACUUGACUUGGAGAGACCUCAGCUACAUCGGCGCGCAAAAGAUAAUGAAGGCAACCGAAGCUUUCGAGAAGGACCCAUCUAUCAAGAACCUAAUCCAGCUCAAAGACAAUGAGGGCACGGGACAGUGGAGAGAUUCCCGAUCCGGUCUGGGGAAUGCUCGAAUCCCCUUUGAUGUUAACUGCGCACUGGUGCCAGCAGCACUAUACGCCAUCUCUGAGCUGGCAGGCAUGCCAAAUGUGUAUCCUGAUAACACUGACACCAAAACAUGGAGAGAUGCUGCUGCCAAACGAGCCAAGGUGUGGGAAGACAAGACACUCCCACUCUUCCAGUACAACAUCACCACUGAUAAGGCUGCAUCUCUUCUCGAAGAAUAUACGAGCAAGAAUAAUUUCUAUGGUGGUCCGGCUCAGACGGAGUCCCUUCGAAAAUAUUCAUCCGCUGGAAAGGUUGUCGAUUAUGCCCUCGCCAUCAAAACUGUCGACUCUCCAGAUAAGAUUAUUGUCACCCAUACAGACACAGCAUUCCGGCUCUUCCUAAUCAACUCUGAUGAUGGCGAGCAGUUGACUACAUUUAUCAAUGCAACUGCCAAUGCGAUACUUCGACCUUUCCCUGCUGGCCUGAGCACUCCAGUGGGAGCAGUUGUUGCGAACCCAGCUCUUUCCGGCGACGACGACUUAAUUGGCAUUUUUACCAACUCUGCGUACCAUGGCACCGUUGUCUGGGGCUGGCAACUGGCCCUGAUGGCAAAGGGCUUAGAAAGACAGCUACAAAGAUGUCUUGCAUGCCAUGCGAAGCGAGCACCUUGUCUCAUCCGUCACGUUCCCUCAUUCUGUCGAGACGAAGGAGUUUACAAUGCUUUGAGGAGUGCAUAUAACCACUUGUGGGAUCUUAUCGCAGACAACUCAGACCAGCUACAGUCUGAAGUGUGGAGCUGGACGUACAGCAAAGAAGGAUACAAGUUCUCUCCUUUGGGUGCCUUGACCUCUGGAACCGAGAGCAAUGUUCGACAACUCUGGAGCUUGAGUUUCCUAGCUGUGAAAAGGGAUAGUUCUUUGGCGCAAUGA